ACAGCGCCACAAACCAGUGAACACAGGAUUAUUGAACAUCGCUCGGGUUGUUUGCAUCGAGGUUUUCAGCCCCAAAUUGAUGCAGAGCAAAGAUGACAGAAGAGGCUGCAGUGCGAGUAGCAGUGGGAAUCAAGCAGAUACCAGAUGAGGAAGAUGGAGGAAUAACAUCUGUGACCGUCAAAGAUUUACAAAGUUCAACUGUUUUGGAGCUGAAUGCGGGAGGAAAGGACUACACUUACACGUAUGAUUGCGUCUUCAAGCAGGAUGGGAACCAGGAUGGAGUGUACACAGCGCUGGUGAAGCCUAUGUUGUCCAGAGUGAUGCGGGGGUUCAACGUGUCGCUGGUUGUGUCGGGUACACACGCAUCUGGCAAGAGAACGCUGCUGGAGGGGGAGCGGAGGGAGGACGGCAUUGUGUACAAGAUGUUGAAGGACUUGUUCACAGAGCUAAAAUCAGAGAAAAAUGGUCGUAAACAGCUCAUCACACUCUCCGAUAUUCAGUUUCACCACGACGGUUCUACUGUGGAUCUGCUGAACCCACAUGGCAGGGAGAUACAGUCCCUGCAACACUCGCUCCUGGGGCCGGUCAUGUCAGAGCUGAGUGAGAUAGUUGUAUCUGGUUUUGAAGAUGCGUGGAACUUGUACCACGACGGAACAAAGGCCCAGAAGCUCGGAGGAACACCCCUGGACAGGUGUAGCACAGUUAUGCUGGAGUGGGAGGAGACCGCCUCCACCUGCGUUCGUUCUCUCCUUCGCAUCUUCGCCCUCUCGUGCGGUCCACAGGGAGACGUGGAGAAUGGAGUCACAUCUCUGGUGGACUUGUUCAGUAAAGGGCCGACACACAGACCCUUGGCGACCCUUCUGUGUCAGGCCCUCGAAGGAAACAGCUGUUCACUGUUGAUCUGUUGUCUGACACUUGCAGAGUCGAGGCCUGGAGAGACAGACUCCCCGCUGGCCCUGGCCCAGAGGGUGGUGGGACUGACCAACCGAGUCUCCCGUCUCAGCUGGGAUCACCGGGAAACCGCACGGAAUCUCCGCCGCAGCAUCGGCGAGCUGCGGAAGACAGUGAGCCCGGCUGGUGAACUCAGCGGUCAGGAUGCAGCAAAAUUGGCGACUCUCGUGUGGGAAUUACAGAUGGUGAAACAGCAACGGUGGGAGAUGAAGCUGGAGAACUCCAUGCGAUGCAGAGAGGAACGUAGGGAGUUCCUCACGAUGGGUUUACUGGAGCAAGUCCAAGAACCGGAAGGUAUCCCAUCGGAAGUUGAGCAUUGCUCCACACAGUCAUUCCCAGCGCUCCUGCAGGAAUACAGUCGGAAAAAGGACCAAAUCAGGCGGAUUGAGGACGAGCUGAAGGAACGCCUUUUGGAGUAUCUGAAGGCUGGCAGUACGGAGGCGAGGACGGGCCUUCUCAGCCACAUCCAGGGGUUACGAGAGAGGCUGCGGGUGGAGAUGGGCAGCCGAGAGAACAUCAGGCAGCAGCUACAGGCCUUGGAGACAGCAGCUGAACUCAUCCAGCAGAGCUGUGCCCCAUUACAAUCAGACCUUGAUGUAGUGUACACCACAGCAGUGGAGAAGAGGUCAAGAAUGGCCAAAGGGAACGCUGCCCUGGUGCAGAGCGAACUUGAGAGGGUGGAGCAGGAUCUGGAACUUCAACAGCGUGCAGGCCCUGUGUGGCCAGAGGAGGCUUCGAGGCUGAGGAGGGAGCGGGAUGUGAUGGUUUUACAACUGGUGGCUCUGAGGAAGGAGAAGGAGGAGGCAGAGAGGGACCUGAAGGCAAUGCAUCGAAGCUACAAGGCUGAGUUGGCAGAUCAGAAACUCCAGGCUUUGCAGAUCCUCCGUGAGUUUGGGGAGGUGGCCAGGCAGCAGCAGAGCGCUCUGGAGGAGCGUUACCGUGGGCUUGUACGGGAGGCGGUCCAAGACACAGUGUACCUCGCAGAUCAGAAGCAGCGACUGGAGCAGGGGAAGGAACGACUACAGGAGGGUAAAGUACUGGUGGAACUGAGGUCUGGAGUAAGGAGAGGUGGGGUCAGGGUAAGUGUGACAGCUGGAGUGAUGGAUGGACUGAUGUGUAGGAAGGAACUGCAGAUGCUGGUUUACAUCAAAGAUGGACACAAAAUGUUGGAGUAACUCAGCGGAUCAAGUUUGAUAGAUAGCCUGAUAAAUUGAUUGAUGAAUGCAUGGAUUGGUGGAAGGAUACAGCAUGGAUACAGGCCCUUCGGCCCACCGUGUCCAUGAUGACCAUUCAUCCGAUCACCGGGUCACACUAGUUUUAAGUUAUCCCACUUUUGCAUGCACUCCCUGCACACUAGGGGCAAUUUACAGAGGGUCAAUUAAUCAGCACGGACACUGUGGGCUGAAGGGCCUGCUCCUGAGCUGCACUGUUCG